AUGAAACUGUACCGGUACAUAGUUGCGAGUGAGGUGUCCUGCAAUACCAAGAAGCGCCGAACAUUUACCGAACCGCAAGAUUCCGAUGUUGAUGUUGAUGAAGGCCGCAUGAGCCCUGUCGCACAAAUGAAAGGUGUCGCAGUAAAAGAAAAGGAGCAACAGUCAGGCACGUCCCAGCAGGCGAUUGACGAUGAAUUUUUAGUGGACGAGGAGCCCCAGUCCUUAUCAGCCGAAACACCAGUGUUCGUUUCAAGGUCAAAAGCUGAACAUGCUGAUUUCAUUUUGACCCAACCAACCUGGCCUUCCACCGCUGCCCCAAAGAAGCUCACACGGACCGCUGAACCAUUUCCCUUCCCAUCGUCUCAACCAAGGACCACCAAGAUAACCAAAACUCAGUCUGCACAUGAUCAGAAACGAGCAAAUGAGACACCUGUCUGGGCAGAUACUCAAGUUGUCGCAUCAGACGAGGAACCUGAGCCUAUGCAGACCGCUGAAUCAUUUCCCUUCCCAUCAUCGGAACCUGAGGCUGUCAUGGUGUCAUAUGACUGCAGUGACUCUGAGGAGGACGACCCAGAUGCUCCUGUUGAAUGCUCUGGAAGGCCCAAACUCGUACAGACAGACACUGAUAUUGACACCCGUCGUGUGGUCCAAAGAGCGAUAUUGGAGGCAAAAGUUCACAUGACAUUUGUCAACAGCUAUCCGGAGCUCACGGAGAAGAGCCUGUUUAUGCAGGAUGCACUCUUAACAGCAGCUCGUGCCUGCGGUGUUUCGCCUAUCCAGGAUUGCCUCAAGAGUGAUGACUUGUAUGUGACAGCUCUCGCCACGCUGGUUGAGGCCCGAGUGCCACUUUUUCACACUGAAUUAAAAGACGACGCUUGUGCUCAAGUAUCAGCGUAUUAUCGUCUUGGCCCUGACUGUGUCAACGCUGCGAAGGCUUUGCUGGUCAACCACGUCUACCAUUAUGAACAACAUUUCAAUGAGAAGAACGACCCCAUUCCGCAGUCAAACAGGCUGUACUUUGCUGAUAUUUUACCAUAUCUAAUGAAGGGGCGCUACUUCAACGGGCUCAAGUCGGUCGAGGUGAAUUUUUCAGACCACUUCAAGAAGAUAGCGAACAACAAGGCCCAGCGGCCUGAGGUUACCAUUCCAAUGGUUGCUUUAACCAGUACUUCGGUGUAUGCUGCACUCUUCUGGAAGGAUAAUGGAUCCCCAACUAAGUUCAACUUUACUGGCAAUCUAUUCAGCGAGGUCUACUUUUUUCACAUAAAAUUUCUUGAAGACAUGAAGGUGACGGCGCCACGUAAGUUUCACAAGAUGAUGGCCGACAUUUUCGAGGCUAUCUAG